GGGGAGGGGAACUGACAUUAAAGCAACACAACAAGGAAACUACACUGCAGAGCCACAGACGCCUUCAUUUUAUGUUUUUGAAUAAUAGCCGCAGCUAGUGUGGCGAAGUGUCUCUGGAAUCAGCCCGGAGCUCCAGCCCGCACAGCCUCAAAGUGUCCCGGAAAAGGGCAGCUUUGGACCGAGUUGGAUUUAAAGGCGCCCUCCGUCGCUUUCAUAGAUAUGGGCUCAGAGCCACCAAGCUCUCCACAGGUAGUGGAUGAUGGAGGUGAGGAGGAUGAGGAGGAGCUGAGUGGCGGUGAGGAGGCAGACUUUCGGUCCAGCUCAGGCCGGGGCUCCCUGCUGACCCGGAGAGGCAUCACCCUGCGAGUGCUGCUCAAAGAUGGCCUGGUGGAACCGGGGGACGGUGUGUUGGCUAUCCACUACCUGGGUAAGAACUUUGUAGGAGACCUGUUAAAUGAUGGGAAGAUCCGAUGGGUGGAGACGGGCCAGAUCUUUAACUCCCCCAGUGCUUGGGCAACACACUGUAAGCGGCUAGUUAACCCAGCCAAGAAAUCCGGCUGCGGCUGGGCGUCUGUGCGCUAUCGGGGACAGAAGUUGGUGCAGUACAAAACCACCUGGCUGCACAAGUAUCAGCCCAGCGCAGACAUGAGCCUGGUGAGUGAGGAAGAUGAUGAUGAGGAUGAGGAGGAAGGGAAGGCAGCAGUGCAGGCAGAUGAGAAGAACAAGAACACCAAACCAGGAUUACAUGAUGUUAUGGUUUCACGGAGAACUGACAGAGAGAGGAUUCCUGUCAGGUAUUGCACCUUGGGUACCAGGGAUGCUGCCAGAGAUCCGCACACGCUGGUGGAGCUGUCAGCCUUCUCAGCCAUCAACAGAUUCCAGCCAUUCAAUGUAGCUGUCUCCAGUAAUGUACUGCUGCUAAUGGACUUUCAUUGUCACCUGACCACCAGUGAGGUGGUUGGAUACCUCGGAGGACGAUGGGAUACCAAUACACAAUUGCUGACAGUUUUAAGGGCUUUCCCUUGUCGGACCAGGCUGGCAGACAGAGAAUCAGCCUCUGCUGUUGAGGAGGAGAUCUGUCAGAACCUGUUCAUGCGUGGGCUGUCACUGGUGGGCUGGUACCACAGUCACCCGCGGGGACCAGCCCUGCCAUCACUGCAGGAUAUCGACUCCCAGAUGGAUCAUCAGCUGAGGCUGCAGGGCUCAAACAACGGCUUUCAGCCCUGUCUGGGCAUCAUCUGUGGUCCAUAUUACCAUGGAAACCAAGGUGUGGCAUCUACGAUAACUCCAUUCUGGGUUGUACCACCACCUGAGCAACGUCCUAAUGACUACGGCAUCCCUGUGGCAGUGGAGGUCACUUACGUACAGGACAACUUUCUCACCAGUGAUGUUCUUAAUGAAAUGAUGCUGCUGGUUGACUACUACAGGGCAGCUCCCGACCUCGUCCAUUUCAACCAGUAUUGGUGUCCUGAUACGACAAUGAUGGAUAAGAUUAAGGGCUCGCUGAGUUGUCACGCCCCCAAAGACCAGGCCUACUCCCAGAUCUUAGAGCACGUCUACAGUCAGCUGAGCAACACGCACUGAGGUCUGCUCCGCAUGCAUGAGGCAGCCUUGCUCGGUCUCAAGCCGUUCCAUUUCAAACACUUUACCUUCAGAGUGGACAGUUCAGGUGUGACAGAUUUACAAUGUAAAAUCUGCUUGAAAAACAUUUAGAUGCCUUCGUCAUGCUUGAGGGGUACUUAAUUUUGAUGCAUUGUUACUGGAAGUUGAAACACACUUAAGUGACUGUGGCGGUGCUAAAUCUGUGAAAAUAGCUGCUCCUGGAGGUUGUACUCUAUUUAUUGACAGACAUACAAAUGAAAGCAAAUAUCCAAUCAGAACAGGAGAGAAUAGGAAAAAUAAUUCUUGACAGCCGGGACAUCAUGUAGAGGAAUUUUACAGAUUAGAAAUCUGUAUGGCUUCCUACCUUUUUGGACCUAUGUACAGGCUUAAACUGUUAUUGUCUUUUAAUUGCCUUUAAAGACUAAACCAAUGGAAUAGUGGCGGGGGGAAAAAGUGAAAAUAAGUAGUGCAAAUACAAUAUACUACAUUAUCAAUGUAUGCAAAGGUGUGUAUUUAAACUUAACUGUACUCUCCGAUAGGCUUUAUUCAUGUUUUUGCUACUUAAGUUAAUGGGUUGUCAAAGUUAAUCCACUAGUCUGAUGAAACAGGUAUGUGUGUUGCGCGCUGUGUUGUGAAUGUGCCUAUCUACUGUCUCCCUAUCAGGUUCUGUGACAUUUGUCCUGUUAGGACACAUAUUUGCUUCCUCUUGACCUGUACUGUAUUUAUUACUGUGUAUUGUGUUAUACACGUGAGGACAGAGCAAUGCCUUAAGCCUGCUGAUUGACCCACCAAGCAUUAAAACAUACACACUGGAA